AUGGACCCAAGUCGAGAAGACUCACAUAGUAUGAUCCUUGAUUUAUCUUUGGAUCCUUUCAUUAUUGAUUUCACCAAAGAUGGGUGGCUAGUAUUAUCUAUUGCGAAGACACAAUCGAUACAAUUUUGCAAUCCCUUAACAAGAGUAAAGGGGGACUAUCCCCCAAAUGAAGAGGUCAGACUUUAUAAUGUUGGAAGCAUUGGAUUCUCAACAAAUCCUACGUCUCCUGACUGUGUGACUGUUAAGUUUGUUUACGAGGAUGAUUUAGUCAUCUACUACCAUCGAUAUGGGGAUAAAAGGUGGACUCGAUUUGAUGUGGACAACUAUGACAAUGAAUUUAGUGUUGGGACUGGUAGUCCAGUUUAUUUUAAUGGAGCAUUUUACGUACUUGACAGGAACCUUGGGCAUCUCGGAGCAUUUGAAUUGGUAGAUGGAGGUGGAAGUUGGAACAUUUAUCACACUCCAGUUAUUCCAUUUGCCCAUUUUCAUUCAACUCAGUUGAGUGUGGUGGAAAACUCCUUGCUAUAUUCAUUGGCCAUAUGGGAUCGAGAGUCAAAGUGUUCGAGUUUAACCAUUUUAAAAAAACAUUGGGUUGAUGUUCAAAAUCUUGGUAACUAUAGCUUGGUUAUCCAUCGUUCAUCGUCGAUUUCAAUACCGACCUCAGAUGACGGAAUGAGAAAUUAA